AGCUGUAAAAUGACCCAGUUUCAAAGCUCCGGGGAUCGAGAAGGGUUGGUCUGGUCUCUGUCUCCUUCGCUUUUGCGGACGGAAUUUUUACUUUGCCCUUUUUUCUUCUGCAAACGGUGAAGAGCGAGUGACGGAGAGCGAGCGGGAGGGAGGGAGCGAGGGAGAGAGCGAGGGGGAGAGCGAGGGGGAGAGCGAGGAGAGAGCGAGGGAGAGAGCGAGGGAGAGAGCGAGGGAGGGAGCGAGGGAGAGCGGGAGAGAGCGAGGGGGAGCGAGGGGGGGAGCGAGGGAGGGAGCGAGGGAGAGAGUGAGGGGGAGCGAGGGAGAGAGCGAGGGAUAGAGCGAGGGAGGGAGAGCGAGGGGAGUGAGUGAUGCUGAGGAUGGCUGCUGCGGGGGCUGUGCUUGCGCUGUGCGCUAUUCUCUCGUGCGUUGGGGUCUUGGCCCAGAGGGGAUCGGUGAUGCACAAACUGGCCGACAGGAAGAUCUGUGCAGACGAGGAAUGCAGCUACCCGAUGGCCAUGGUCCGAGCUGUGGGUGAUUACUCGGGCUCGGACUGUAGGUUCAUCAACGUGCGUCAGGGCCAGAUCGUGUACGUGUACGCCAAGCUUAAGGGCAGAGGACGCAACUUCUGGCAAGGCACCGCUCAGGGCAGUUACUACGGCGGGGAGACGGGAAAGCUGGGCUUCUUCCCGAAGGUGAUCGUGAGGGAGCUGCAGCGGCUGGCGACGGAGACGGUGGAAAUGCCGACAGAUGACUGGGAUUUCUACUGUCAGUGAGUGAACCAACAAGAGACGGAAUCAGCCCUCGACCCUCAAAGCCACACGUGGAGGAAUGUCAGUGGGUUUGUGCCCUCACACUCACAAUUGUAACAAGAAAAUCCAAAUACAUCUAAAGCAAUCC